CCCUAGGGUUCGCGUGCCAUCCAACAGAAGCAACAGAGUGAUCACCAAUAACUACCAACCCAAAUUAGGGUUCAGCAAUAUGGAGAAAAAGAAGACGGCGAUAAUUAGCAAGAGAGAUGAAGACGUGGUGGACUUGGACAUGCGGCUGCUGGCCGACAAUCAUGACGGCACUGGCGAUGCUACUCAUGACUCCGACCGGUUUUACUUUUACGGCGUUUCGUUAACCCAAUCUUUUGCUGCAGGCCAAGCGAGUAAAAAUAUUCUGGGACGUGCAUUUUGUUCUGGUGGUUUUGUUUGGCUUGCAGGUGGCCAUGAGCUUCAGUUGUACGAGUGUGAGAGAGUGAAGGAAGCAAGAAUGCAUGGGAUUCAAACUUUGGUUUGUAUUACUACUUCAUGUGGGGUACUUGAACUGGCUUCUUUGGAUGUAAUCAUGCAAGAUUGGGGUCUCGUGCACCUAUCAAAAUCACUCUUUGGAUCCGACCAGAAGAACAACAAAUUUAAAUUACUAGUUCCUGAUCCCCUAGAAAAGAUUGGAUUUCUUUCAGGAGGUCAAAAAGAAUUCACCAUACAAGAAGGUGGUGCAAAUGAACCCAUUAUCCAUACAGACGGGUCAUCAACAGGCUCAUCUUAUGACUCUUUUGGCAAUUUCACCCCUGCGAAUACAGAGAACCCUCAAUCAAAAAAGAGGGGAAGAUCAUCAUCUUCAAACCAUGGAGCUACAAGUAGAGAAUCACAACUACUGAACCAUGUUGAGGCAGAAAAACAAAGGAGGGAUAAGCUCAACCAUCGAAUAUGUCUCCUUCGUUCUAUUGUUCCCAACGUGUCGGAAAUGGACAGGUCCUCUUUGCUCGCUGAUGCCGUGGCGUACAUGAACCAGCUCAAAGGUAAGGUUGACGAACUGGAGGCCAAAAUCCAAGCACAACCACCACAAAAAACCCCUACUCACUAG